UCUCUGAGCAGGAAGUCAUAAAUCUGGAAGGAACCAAUAGAAACGAUCCAACCAGCCAGGGGGCGGGGCUAGUGGGCAAGCAGCCAAUGGGAAACCAGGACCAGAACCAGACUGGAACCGGAACCAGAACCAGACCAGAAUCAGAACCCAGACCCAUACCUGGAUGUUUUAUCCAAUCAGAUUGUUUGGCUCGUGGAUCUGGCUGUUCUGAUUGGCUGCCAGCGACCCCUGCUGGAUCUGCAGAGUAAUGUCUUGAUAAAUAUCUGAUAGUUUAUUUUGUUUGUUCUGUCGGAUAAACUGCAGAUUUAGUUUCUCAGCUGAGAAUCGUCCUGGAAAUGUGCUGGAAAUAAAUAUUAACUAUAAUUACUAAUCCAUCAGUUGGUUCUGAUCAGCUGCUUACUGAUUGGUCCCCUCUGGCCCCGCCCACAUUUCCUGAACUCAGGCUCAGCUUGUCAAAAGUUAUUGAUUCUCCUAAAUAAUUAGUUAUUUGGGUGGAGGGAGCCUCACUGAGCAUGCUCAGUAGAGGCGGACAGAAUGUGGGCGUGGUCUCUGAUGGGAAAACUGGAACAGUCCCAGGUUGUUCCUGGAAUUAGUGGGAAAGGUGUGACAUCACCAGCUGGUCUCUGCGGGGCGGAGCCGCAGUGAUGUCACAGGGGUCUGCAUCAGGGUGUGACGUCACUUCCCUCCAGGUGAUGAACCAGGAUGUCAGACGGGAAGCAGCGCAGUCUGUCCACUUCUGGAGAAUCUCUCUACCAGAUCCUCGGCCUGGAGAAAGGCUGCAGCCAUGACGACAUCAAGAAGUCCUACAGGAAGCUGGCGCUGCGGUUCCACCCGGAUAAAAACCCGGACAACCCGGAGGCGGCGGAGAAGUUCAAGGAGCUGAACAACGCGCACUCGGUGCUGGCCGACCUCAGCAAGAGGAACAUCUACGACUCGUACGGCUCCCUGGGGCUCUACGUGGCGCAGCAGUUUGGAGAGGACAACGUCAACACCUACUUCAUGCUGUCCACCUGGUGGGCCAAGGGCCUGUUCCUGCUCUGCGGCAUCCUGACCGGAUGUUACUGCGGCUGCUGCCUGUGCUGCUGCUGCAACUGCUGCUGUGGGAAACUCAAACCCUCUGCUGCGGGCGAGGGGGCGGAGCCAGUGUACGUCUCCCCUGACGACCUGGAGGAGGAGAUUCGCAACAACCCUGACGACGAUGUGGAGACGCCGACUGUCCAGCAGCCCCGCAGCGCCAGUGAGAAGACGCAGCUGAUCGGAGACGGCCACCGCAAAUAUGGAGACACCUUCACCUGAGAGGGCAAGAAGAGACCCCGCUGACCCCACACCCCGCUGAUUCCACACCCCGCAGACCCCUCACCCCGCUGACCCCUCACCCCACUGACUGGAACACCCAAACGUUCUUCACCAAAGACACCAAAACGUCUGACGUUCCAAACAUGAAACAUAAAACUUGAUGAAAAUGAAAAGAUUUGAGACGUUUGUAGAUUAAAGCUUCAGUUUGGAUCUUUAAUGAAAUCACUUCCAUCCAUGAGGCAGAUCAUCUGAACAGAUUCACCUCCAUCUGCUGCUACUGCCAUCUGAGGAAAUGCACCAAAAACAACCAAUCAGAGCCAGGAGGCGGGGCCUAGUGCUACAAAUCAGCUCAUGUACCAGCUGCUGAAUGUGCUAAUGGUGGAGAAACAACUCACUGUUUCAGAAACUGUUUAUCUGCUGUCAUCUGUUGCUAUGCUAACUAGCCUAGCAUUCAUGAUAAGCUGUGCUAGCAGCAGCAUAGCAGAGAACAAGGAGGGGAAGCAGGCACAACUAAGAGUGAUUGACAGCGUUAAGUCCCACCUCCAGGCUCUGAUUGGUUGUUUAAAGUUAGCACUCGGAUGAUCUCUCAUAAACUGUCACACAGUUUCAACAAAGAUGUAAAAAAAUAUUUAUUUUAUGAAAGUUACGAACUGCAGCUUUAAGAAAUUUGAGACAAUACAAACACACAGCUCUCACCUUCCACCCCACCGACCUCUGACCCCUGAGGCAGCAGCAGAACCCGCCUCCGUUGGGUUUGGUGACUUCCUGAAUGUAACAAACUCCUGCUCUGAUUGGCUGUUUGAUGAAGAGUCAACCUGGAGGAGGAGCUUAAACUCUGUUGUUGUUCCCGUGUUGACGUGGAGACAGCGGAGGUCAGGUGACCCGCUGGAAGCUCCGCCCCUCCAUUUGUAUGCUAAUAAAGGACUAAUGUGUGACUCGGUGUCCGCCUGA